UUCCAAGUUUGAAUUUUGUUUCAAUCAGUAUGCGCCGAACCACGGAGGAGGAUAGACGUGCGCCGUUCCAAAUAUAAAUUAUGUUUACGAUAAUCGAAUGUUUAUUAACAGUGAUUUGUGACUGAAUAUGACCUGAUAUAUAAGUGAUAUUUUUGUGAAUUAAACAAUAUGGCACGGUAUUUGUGUGUUUUGCUGCUGGUUGCGUUGGUGUUCGCUGAUGAGGAGAAUGGUGAAGGAGGGAAAUGCGAGAGGAUCAGGCUGCCUCUGUGCCAGGACUUGGGGUACAACUGGACAGCCAUGCCCAACCUGAUGGGCCACAAGGACCAGAAGGAAGCCGAGGAAGCGAUGGUAUCGUUCACGAGCAUACUGUCGAGCGGUUGUUCCAUCCACGCCCGCUUCCUUCUCUGCUCUGCGUUCGCGCCGCUCUGCUCGGAGGAGGUGUCGGGCUCGGUGAGCGCAUGUCGCGCUCUCUGCGAGACCGUCGCCGACGACUGCAAGGAGCACAUCAAGCAGCUCGCCCCCACCGUCAUGCUGGACUGUUCCGCGUUCCCUCUCCGCGCGGAUAGGAAGCUGUGCAUGCGCCCGCCCAACGCCAGCGAGUCGGAGCCAGAGCCUCCACCGCCUUCGCGCUGGCCCUUCCACGAGCACGAGCUACGAGAACAUGGAUGCCCACCAGCCUACACAAGAGCCCCUACGGGAGCGUGCUGGCCCGCUUGUGGACAGAACGCAAGGUACAGCCAGAAGGACAAACGGACUGCUGAGAUCUGGAUGAACACGCUCGCGUGGUUUUCGCUCCUCUCUACUUCGUUCGCGCUGUUGACUUUCUGCGCGGAACCCUCACGAUACAGAUAUCCAGAAAGGCCAAUCGUAUGGAUGGCGGCGUGUCACGCGAUAAUCGCCCUUGCGCACGUCACUAGAGGAUGGUUGGGAGCAAAGAUGGUUUCCUGCGCCGGCACCACGUUAGCUGUCGAUGGUCUCGCGUCUCCCACGUGUGUAGCCUUCUUUUCUCUAACUUACUAUUUCACUCUGGCUGCCGAUGCGUGGUUCGCUAACGCUUGCGUCGCCUGGUAUCUCACCGCGGCCAGUGAGUGGUCAACAGAAGCGCUGGAGCGAGCUGCGGCGUACCUACACGCAGUGUCAUGGGGCUGGGCUGGUGCGUGGACGGCAGCAGCUUUAGCGUUGAGAAGAGUCACAGCGGACGAGUUGACGGGAACAUGUGGGAUAUCCGACGCAGCUGCUGCAGCGCUGGUAGGAGUACCUCGAGGAGCUUUACUGGUGACGUCAGUAGCGCUUGCCAUCGGAGCCUGUCCCGGCAUCAUGCGAGUGCGGCGGGCGUUAGACUCGCGCGGUGCGAAGAGAGUAGGGAGACUGGCGGCGCGGGCGGCCGCCACAGGAGUACUGUAUCUCAUCCUAGCAUCUAUCGGAACGGGGGCGAGAGUGCUGGAAGCUCGAUUGCGCGAGGCCCAGUCGGGGCUGGCGCUACUGGCGGCGGAGGAAACCGGGAACUAUGAGGACUCGGUGGGAUCUAGUGCAGUGUCAGUGUGCCUGUGUUUGUCGUGCGGGAUAGCCGCGGGCUCGUGGGCAUGGUCGAGGAAGUCGGUGGUGGUGUGGCGGAAGGCGCUGUGCCCCCCUCGGAAAGCGCCGUGCUGCUCCCCACCCCUCCUUCGACCCCACCACCCCUACUAUAAGAGACCUCUACACGUGUCUAGAGUAUGACGUCGUCUCAAAGACUUUAUUGCCUUCCGUGAAGGCACUCUCGUUCUGUACAAAUGUGUAAAUAGUGUAAAUGUUUAACUAUACCGUUGUUUUUAAUAUAAAACUUGAUUUCAUUUAA